AUGUCAGAUACACUUGCUGAAAUAGGCCAAAGACUUGAACGGUUAAAGAGCAACACUUUUGAGAAUUCUGUAUCAACUAGUGCCCAGACUAGACGUAUAGAAGAGGACAAUAGUUCUUCUAGCCCAACGAGUGUAGAUUCUUUCGAUAACUCUAACUCUGACGGAGAAGAAGAGAUGGCUGGCAAUAACGAUGACAACCGAGCUUUGGAAGAUUAUGCUCAACCGGUUAUACCAAAUUCACCUUCGUGCAUCUUGCUGCCUACUGAAGCUAGAAAUUAUGAACUCAAAUCUUCUCAUUUUCACAUGCUUCCUUCUUUUUAUGGUUUACCUAACGAAGAUCCAUUAUCCCAUAUUAAGGAAUUCUACAAUGUUGUGAGUGGUUUACCUUUGCAGGGAGUGAGUGAAGCAAAUCUGAGGAUGAGGGUUUUUCCUUAUACAUUGAAAGAUAGAGCAAAGAAUUGGCUAAUGACUUUAGCACCUGGUUCGCUCACCACUUGGGAUGCCGUAGCUAAGAAGUUUCUGGAGAAGUUUUUCUCAACUCAAAAGACAGCUACGUUGAGAGGGCAAAUCUUUAACUUUAAACAAGAUGAUGGAGAACCUUUCAAUGAAUGUUGGGAGCGUUUCAAAGGCCUGUUGCUGCAAUGUCCACAUCAUGGGUUACCUCUUUACUUACAAAUGCAAAUUUUUUAUGAUGGACUAACCCAAACAUGUCAAUCAACUGUGGAUAAUGCAGCAGGUGGAGCUUUGAAGAAGAAGAAUGCGCAAGAGUCAUAUAACAUUUAUGAGAUGUUGGGAUCUAAUGCUCAACACAAAGAUACAAGAGGUAAACGAGUUGGAAUGUAUGAAAUGAGUUCUAAUAAUGAUCUUGCUUUGCAGGUGGCUAGUUUGGAAAAGAAGCUCGAUUCUGUGCUCAAUAUGGCGCCUAAGAUAGCUGAGGUGUGUGCCAUUUGCAACAUACCAGGUCAUCCUACUUAUCAAUGCUCAGCUAGUGAGGCUUAUCCCGAAUUCGUUCAAGAGCAAGUGAAUCUCAUGAAUUCUUACAAUCAGAGGCCGAGGAAUGACCCAUUCUCUAAUACAUAUAACCCUGGUUGGAGAGAUCAUCCCAAUCUCUCAUGGAAGAAUAACAAUCAAUUUCAAAAUUUCCAACCAAAGCCUGCCACUACGCUUGAAGAUACUGUCAAAAUGCUAGCUCAGAACACCGUUCAAUUCCAGCAAACUACCAAUAGUACUCUCCAACAACAUUCAGCUGCUCUAACCAAAAUGGAGACACAAUUAGGUCAGAUUGCUGAUGCUUUGAGUCAAAGAGAACCCGGGAAAUUUCCAAGCCAACCGGUGAUACUUCAAAGGAACCAAGAGCAGGCCAAAGCGGUCAUAACACUUAGAAGUGGUAAGGUUAUUGAUAAUAGAGUUGGCAAUGAAGUUACUAAUGAAUCUGAUCAUGUGAAUGCAGGCCCCACUCAAGAAGAGCAUGAGAAACCGAAUGAAGAUCCAAGCAAUGCCACUUCUUCGUAUGAAGCUCCAAAUUUUCACAAGGCUGAAAAACCUUACACUCCUCCAAUCCCAUUUCCUGGAAGACUUGCCAAAAGCAAGCAGGAGAAGUCAUUUAAAGAAAUUUUUGAUAUUUUAAGUAAAGUGAAUGUUAAUUUACCUUUGCUUGAUGUCAUUAGGAAUAUGCCAGCAUAUGGGAAAUUUUUCAAGGAGCUAAACACUUAUAAGAGGAAGUAUGGACCUAAUGAAAAGGUGAUGGUGUCUGAAAAUGUGAGUGCUGUGCUUCAAAGAAAGCUCCCACCAAAACUCAAGGAUCCGGGCAGUUUUUCUAUCAAUAUCACCAUUGGAGACACGCUAGUUGAAAAGGCUAUGCUUGACUUGGGGGCGAGCAUCAAUUUAAUGCCCUAUUCAGUGUACCUUCAAUUAGGUUUGGGGGGGUUUGAAGGCAACAACUAUUUCAUUGCAACUUGCCGAUCGAUCAGUGAAAUAUCCAAGAGGUAUAGUGGAAGAUAUCUUAGUUCAAGUUGA